CCUUAACAACCCCAAGAACAAUAAUGUAUUCUACCCGACGUUUGUUGUCUGAGCUUCCGUGUACAUUAAGUAAAUAUAUUAACUGAUGUUUAUUUAGUUUAAAAUUAAUCUUGAGGAGGUCAUCAUGUUAAUAUUAUCUGAUUCAUAUCCAGGUCUCCGUCUCUUUGUAAGUACUCUCACUGGAACACUUGGAGAAAAUGAGAAUGUUAAAAAUGAAUUUGUCAAUCGCAAUCCACGAAAUAUGGAGAUGCUUCGACUCGCUCGUAAGCCACAAGGCUGGGAACUUGAAGAUGCGUCACCGAAAUAUUGGUAUAAACUGAUUCUGGACCAGAGUAAUCGUCAUGUUACGGGUCAGAUUGUACACCACACAGGGACUGCUGUAGUCUCUGCUUCAACACGAGAAUGGGCCAUUAAACUGCAACUGUACUCCACCGCAGAUGUUAAUGCUGUAAAAAAUAUUGGGCGUAUUUUAGCUCAAAGGUGCUUACAGUCUGGGAUUACGGAAGUUUAUACUGAGCUUGAAAAGUUCAAGGACUCCUCUGAGAAGGUUCGUUGUUUCUUGUUAGCUGUGACAGAAGGAGGUGUUUGCCCAAAAGAAGCUCCUGUUAUACAUGAGAAUGAUGUACAGAGAUGGGCCUGGUCUCACCCAACAUUACCCUGGCAUAUGCCAGAGGAAGAGGCACUUAAAACCGAAGAACAGGCACUUAAUUAAGAAGAACAGGCACUUAAAGCAGGAGAAAGUAGAACAGUAGAGUUGUAUAUCAUAUGGGCAAAAUUUAUAUACUAAUAUGAAUAAUUUGCAGUGUGUGUAGUCACAGUUGGAAAAAUCUUAUUAGGCAUGCAUGGUACAGUAGUUAAUGCACUGGCCCGCUAGUUUUGGAUUUAAAUCACACCUACUCUGAAUUAUUUACAUAGCAAGGCAUGACCUCUUGAGAUUGAAUUUUCCAGUUUAAUGAAAAAAUACACCAUUAAUUAAAAAAAUUCUAUCUUUUGGGGGGAUAGGAGUUAAUUUUCACAGGGUAAAAGUUUUUAAGCCCAGUUACAUAUCUAUUUCACCUGUCUUAAAAACUGUAAUUCAGUUUGAUUACUAUCUAGCAUCAGACAAAUACUUAGCUUGCCUGAUUGAAAAUUAUGUUUGUAGUUAUUAACACAACCAGCACAAAGGCCAAGAAUACAUAAAUACUAAUAGUCGUGUUCCUCAAAAUUAUAAUAAGAUUUUUUCAUUAAAAUACAUUUAUUAUACCCUGUAAAUAUUGAUUGAAAUAAAGUAUCUUUAAUGAGUUGA